AAGAUAUGUAUGUCGUCUCUUUCUCUCUCUACCCUUUUUAUCAUCCACUUCGCUGCAUCCCGCUAUCUGCAAAAAGCAUAGCGCUUUCUCUCUCUCUCUCUAUCUAUAUACACACACACAUACACACACAUAUAUAUACCUCUGCCAUUUUUGCCGCUGUAUUCGUCGUAGUCAUCGUUUCUCAUCCUUGACUUUGAUCGAGAAGUUCGUAUCCAAGAAGCUUACGCAUCAAUGAUCUUAAAAUUUAUACAGCUUGUUUGAGGGUCAAAGUCUUUGAAAAAAGAGCUUGCAGGAACAAAUUGGUUGCGAGUACUGAAGAUUUACAGAUCUAAGGCAUAAAGAAAUUAUGUCUUUUAUCGGCACACAACAGAAGUGCAAGGCUUGUGAGAAGACUGUUUAUCCGGUGGAGCUUUUGUCCGCCGAUGGAGUUUCAUAUCACAAGUCAUGUUUCAAGUGCUCUCACUGCAAAGGAACCCUCAAGUUGAGCAAUUACUUCUCUAUGGAAGGUGUUCUGUACUGUAAGCCUCAUUUCGAGCAGCUCUUCAAGGAGACGGGGAAUUUCAACAAGAAUUUUCAAUCGCCUGCAAAAUCAGCUGAGAAGUUGACUCCAGAGCUGACACGGUCACCAAGCAAAGCUGCCAGCAUGUUUUCUGGGACACAAGAAAAAUGUGCUACGUGUGGUAAAACGGCGUACCCACUGGAGAAGGUAACGGUGGAGAGCCAGUCCUAUCACAAGUCAUGUUUUAAGUGCUCUCAUGGUGGCUGUGCUCUAUCUCCAUCAAAUUAUGCAGCCCUUGAGGGCAUCCUGUAUUGUAAACAUCAUUUCUCCCAGCUUUUCAAGGAGAAAGGAAGCUACAACCAUCUUAUCAAGUGUGCGUCAAUGAAGCGCUCAACAGCCUCUGUUCCAGAAGCUUGAAAAUUAUGUAUUCUUAUUUACCAUUUAUUUACUGGUGUUUGAUUUGCUCAAGUGUCUUUCUUUUUUAUUAUUUUUAUUUUUAUUUUUUUGUCAUUUCCAUGCUGGAGAACUGGCUAAACUUGGCUUUUCUCUCUUCUAUUCUGUCCUGGUGUUGGUGUCUUCUAGUUGUUGAUGGAGUUAUGGAUGCUUGUGAUAUUACAUUUAGCAGGGUAUAUCUGUCAUUCGAUCUUCA